AUGAACACGAUCUACGUGAACCAUAUAAACGAAAAGAUCGCUAAAAACAAGCUCGAACGCGUCCUUCGACGUCUCUUUGGCCGCUACGGCAACAUUGUGCUGGUCACUGUGCAUCGAAACCUCAAAAUGAAGGGCCAGGCGUUUGUCACAUUUGAAGAUGCAAAGAGCUCCGAAAAAGCCAUGACAAAGCUCCAAAAUUACCCACUUUUCCGUAAACCUAUAAGCAUAGUAUGGGCUAAGACAGAGCUGGAUGGCAUUUUGUUAAAGCAGGGCAAAGAGGACGUUGUCGAGGAGAGAAAGAAGAAAAAGGCCGAGAAGAAAGAAACAGUGGAGAAAAAAUCGUCCACUUCAAAACUCACAAAAUCACAAAUCAAAUACUGGCGGUCUUUGCCAGCGCACCGGGUGCUUCUAUUGCAAAAUAUCGACAAGGAGCUUUUCGACGAUUUGGAGUCGAAGUUCUCUGGCUUCUCAGGGUAUGAGAAUGUCCGUGCAAUUCCCUCCAGAAACCUUGCAUUUAUCGAUUUUGAAAGUGAAGAGGCAGCAACAGCUUGUAUAUCGUCGCUUGAAACCUCCAGCUUGGGCACCGAUGUGCUCCUAACAUAUGCUAAAAAGUGA